AUGGCUAUUGAAUCCUAUGAUUUUUUAGUGACUGAAAUACGAGUCUCUUUAGAUGUACAUUGAAAACAUUUAUUAUAGAAAGGAGAUGAAAUUAAGAAACUUAUUCUUGAAGAAAAUUUAUCAGAGAUUAAAAGAGCUUAAAUUAUUUUGACUAAUGGAUAACAGAGAUAGAAAUUAGCUGUAUUAUAUUAUAAAAAUAAAUAGAUUUACUCGAAUCUAGGUAGACUUUUGUAAGAAGGUUUCAAAGAAUUAUAUAAUGUGGUUCAAGCUGAUAUUAUGGAAUAAAGUGAAGAACUUAUAGUAGCAGCUGGAAUUUCACUCAAGAAUAUCAAAUGUCAUAGCAAAGAACUUAUGCCUUUGGUCCUUCAUUUUAUUUAAUUAUACAAUAUGAAAUAUGCAGAUGCAUGGAUUCCAACAUUUGGAAAUCUUAUUCAUUAAUUCAACUAUAAGGACUAUUAAGAUCAUAUUGAGAAAAUAAUCAUUGAAAUGUCUAUGCCUCGUCAACCAGAAGUUGGAAGAUUGAUAGGGGCUAUGAUGAUUAUUUAAGUAGCAAAUUUAUUAGGGGAUAAGAUUUAAGGACCUAUAUUAGAUAGAGUUAGAUAAUUAUGCAAUGAUAAUGAUUAUGAAGUUAGAUCUUUAGUAGCUGGAGAUGUUUUUUCUUGUUUGAUUGAAAAGUUAAGUCCUUAUCUUAUUCAUUAAUAUUUACAAGAUAAAUGCUUACCACUUAUAUAUGAUAAUUGUCCAUAAGUAAAAAAAUAAAUGAUUCAAACAUUAUUUUUACAUUAUUAGAAACUAAAUGCGAUUGAGUGUGUUGUAAUAUUUUCUAUUUGAUAUAAGUUUAAUGCUACUUAAAUAUUUAUAGAUUGUCUAUCCACUUAAAAUGAAGAUGUUCUUACUACAUCUCUGACAUAUUGUGGUGUUGCUUUUCUUGCAAUAAAGGACUAAGUGAAUUUAGAAUUUAAAUAAAACCUGAUUAAUUUAUUUGUGAAAUUUGGAUAACAUUAGAGUCAAAUCAUUAGAUACUAUUAUUUAUAUAAUUUACCAGGUUUUCUUAUUUUAAUUAAAGAUCUCCAAUUAAACUUAUAAUUAAUCUAGCCUUUUUGUGUAAUUAUUGAUGAAGAUGAUGAGGAGAAUAGGAUUUUUGCUUGUUCUAUCUUGCAUGAAUUGAUUAAGUCUUUUGAUGUAAAAAAAAUUUAUAAAUAAGUAUAGCUUUAUUUCAACUUAAAUAUAUUUUAUUCUAACAAGUAUUUUGAAUACUGAAAAUUUGAAAUUGAUUCUUCAAAUAUAAUUAGGUAAAAUUAUUGAAACCUUAAUAAAUGAGGGAUAUUUUAUAUCUUUAGAUAAAAUUGUAAUAUUUACAUUUUAUUUAUAAGCAAAAAUAAUUUAAAGUAAUUUUUUAAGAUAUUGCAAAACUUUUCGAUAAGUGUAACCAGAAUUAUAUAAUCAAUGAAAAAUUUUUAACAUAAAUUAAACAUUUUAUGAGAUUUGUUAAACCAAAAUAAUUUGUAAAAUAUUAUUUCCCAAUUCUAUACAAAUAAUAAACAUGCAUUUCAAAUGAAAACUUAGCUAUGGAGAUUUUAGCUCAUUUUUUUUUUACCUGUCAAGAUUAUGAGAUCUAAUAAAAUAUCAAAGAUACUAUGAAUUCACAAUUUUACAAAGGAAAUUCUAAUAAAAAAAUCAAAUAUUUGUUUUUCAUUAAUGCUAUAUCAAAACAUAUAAGUAAAAAAUAUUUUAAUUAUUUAAAUGUAAGUAUAAUUACUAUUAUUUAAGUUUAAUUUAUUUCUCAAUUUAUAUGUAGAUAAAAUAGUAGAUGUUGUAAUACAUUUAAUUAAAAUCUUGCCACAUGUCAACCAUUAUUUAAUUGAUCAAAAUCAAUACAAAUUAUUGAAAAGUUUAAAGUAACCAACAAUAUAAAAAUUGGUUGAUGAAAUGAUCAUUAAAAUAGAGUUGAACCAAGUCUUGUUUGAUGAAUUUCAUGAAAAAAAAUUACAAGAGAGAGAGGAAAAGGUUUAAUAAGAAUAUUUGAAUAAUUUAAAAAUGACAAAAUAAUGUGAUUCGAAUCAAAGCAUAGAUAGCAAUUCUAAAUAUAAGAAAAGACCAGCCCCAAAGUUGGCAUCACAAUCUGCUAAAAAGUAAUAAAGUACUUCUUAAAUGAGGUAUAUCUUUAUAAUUAAAAUAGAAUUGGAGUAAAGGACAAUGCUUCAUUACCUUCAAGUAGGAGUUAAGAUAGAAGUAUAAAUUAAGUAGUAGGAAGACAGUAGAUUGAAAUAUAGAAAUUUAAAAGCAGACCAAGUGGAUUUAAUAAAUUUUGAAAGACAGCAUAAAUUUUAUUUAAAAUAUAUUUAUUUAUAAUUACAUUUGGUCAAUAGUAGAAUGAGUCGAUAAAUUUAUGUAGGGAGAUUGGGAUCUAAAAUAAGGCGGGAAGAUUUAUAACAGGAAUUUGAGAAAUAUGGGAAGAUAAAGGAUAUUGAUCUACGAAGCACACAUGCCUUCAUUGAAUUUGAAGCUUCAGAUGAGGCUAAGUAGGCAAUAUCAUAAAUGGACGGGCGAAGAAUAGGUGGUGAUCGUGUCACUGUUAAACAAAGAGGUAGGAUGACAUUUGAUCGUGUGAUGAUAAGAUGAUCGACCUUCAGGUGUAAGAGGACCAACAUCCAGAGAUGUGUGCUUCAAUUGUGGACGCAAAGGCCAUUGGGCAAAUGAAUGCAAGGAAGGUUUUUAGGUGUCAUAUUAUAUGAAGGCGAUUUGCGAGAAACAUGUUACAGAUGUUACAAGAAAGGUCAUAUAAAAAAAGAUUGUCCUAUGUCAAGAACUCCUAGUGAUGCAAGAAGGUAAUUUAUGUUACAAAAGAAUUAAGAUAAAAAAGAGAUAGAAAAAGAAGAAGAUCAUCCUCUUCAUCCAAAUCUUCUUCAUCUUCAUCAAAAUCUAGAAGAAGAAGCAGAAAUUUCAAAAAAAAUAGAUAAAAUAGAAGAUAAUCUAGGAAAUCAUCAAGUGAAAGUAGAAAAUCAAACUCUUCAUAAACAUCAAGAAGUUCAAGGUAAUAAAUAAACCCAUUAUCAUAGUAAAAAUUCAUGAU